AUGCGAUCCGGUUUAGAGUCGAUGCUCACACAUGACGGCAAUCGCAGUGCAUAUGAUAUGCAUGAAUGGCAUGUCGUUCGAGUGUCGGGACGACCGGUGAGUCCGAAGAGUCAGUUGGACGCGGAGAAGAGGAUUCGUCGCGAAAUAGCCAAUAGUAAUGAGAGGCGCAGAAUGCAGUCGAUUAACGCCGGCUUCCAGUCGUUGCGGACACUACUGCCCCAUCACGAUGGAGAGAAGCUGAGCAAAGCGGCUAUAUUGCAACACACGGCUGAUUACAUCUAUCAGUUGGAACAGGAGAAGACCCGACUCCUCGCCCAGAACUGUCAACUCAAGCGACUCGUCAACAGCCAAAUGGCCACCGAUGGCGACCUUUCCAAUGAUAACUCCCCUCUCCAUAAGCGGAUCAAACUCGAGAAGACCCACACACCCAGUGGUGUCGAUUCGUGCGACUCAUCCGACGAAGUCCUUUGUCGCAGUCCUAAGUCCAACACCACAUCACUGGUCGACUCGACCGACCUCUCCAACGACGACCUCAAGCGUGAAAUGGUUGAACUCAGGCUUCAGUUGGACAGAGAGAGGCGCCUAAGGAUGACACUCGAGGACCAAACGAGAUCU